AUGGGCGAUAGCAUCAACUCAGAGGCGGUGCCCCCCAAGCCGGCAUUUAAUCUGACCGAAGUCGACAAGUGGAUUCUGGAGCAGACAGAUGACACGUUCAAGAAACAUGAUUGGGAGGACCUGAGGAAGAUUAUUGAAUCCAACCAGCUGGAAGCGUUCAAGCGCACGCCGACGGAGCUACGCCGGUAUCUCGAAUGGACGGCCGGCGUCAAGGAAGAGUACGGGUCCAUCACAAACUACCUCAUGAAGAACCGGCUGCCGUCCGCAUGGGGCCAGCCGCCGUUUACGCCAGAGUCGACGGUGCCGCUGGCCGCUGCCUCGGACUACACGAUCCUGCUCAACGACUGGCCGUACGCGCUGGAGCCGGGCAUCACGCACGUCAUCGUGUGGACGCGCACCCGGAUCCCCGCCGACGACGACAAGGGCGACAUGCUGCCGGAGAGCAGGCGGCUGAUUGGCGACUUUGUCAAGCGCACUUUUGCGGACGCGCUGGGACCGGGAGGCGACGACAGAGUGCUCUGGUUCAAGAACUGGGUGGCACUGCAGAGCGUGCGUGCGCUGGAGCACUUUCACGUCCUGGUCAAGGACGUAGACGACGAUAUGCUGGAGAAGUGGACAGGCGAGCGGCCCAAGAGCAAGAGACCUUGGGAGGAGUGA